CCAAGCAACUGGAGGUAAACUGCCCUCAGGUUUCAGCUCCUUUGUCUGUGAAAGGGACUGAGUGAGCUGUUUGAAAAAUUAAAUCAGCUGGGUCACCUGAAAAACAUCUGUCACAUAGGAGGCUCUUAGUAGUAAAUCGUCCCUUUCUAAAGGCCUUUCCUUCGUCUUAGACAACCUAAGGAAGCUUCCUCCUAACCCAUAACUGCUGCUCCACUCCUCGGUUUCCUGCCCUGAUUGCCUUGUUCCUUUCCCACAGAGGCAGGUCCGAGACCGUGGGGUGACCCGAUCCAAGGCGGAAAAGGUGCGGCCACCUACGGUUCCGGUGCCGCAGGUGGACAUCGUGCCUGGGCGGCUCACUGAGGCCGAAUGGAUAGCGUUCACGGCUCUCGAAGAGGGCGAGGACGUGGUGGGAGACAUCUUGGCCGAUCUGGUGGCCCGAGUCAUGGAGUCCGCCUUUAAAGUCUACCUGACCCAGCAGGUAGGCCUGGAUCCUUGUCCUUCAGACAUAUCUCCGCUCUCCCUGACCCCUCCCUGCUGGACUGAGACUCUUUCUCGCCUCCGCAGUGCAUUCCAUUCACCAUCAGUCAGGCACGGGAGGCCAUGCUGCAGAUCACCGAGUGGCGCUUUUUGGCUCGGGACGAGGGAGAAUCUGCAGUGGCAGAGGACCCCACAUGGGGCGAGGAUGAGGAGCCCUUGGCUUGCACGACGGAUGCCUGGGCUCAGGGAUCCGUGCCGGUGCUGCACGCCCGGGCCUCGGUGGGGCUGGAGGAGACGUUUCAAGGCGAAGUAAGCCCAGCCUCUAGCUGCCGCCCACCUCUCACCGCUGCCCCGGACCCAUUACUCGCCCCUGACCUCCACCCCUGUGCAUUUCCCCAGGACCAAGAGAGCGUGGACCAGAUCCCUUUAGAAGGAUCGUGGACGGAUUCAGGCUCUCAGGAGCGGAUGGAAUCUUGGGAGCUCACAGUCACCCCAGGCUCUCCACCCACGCCCGAGUUGCUUCAGGAGACAGGGCCCCGGGGUCCUCUAGAGAAACUGGGUGACCAGUCGAGGGGCGACCAGACUGACCAGUUUGCAGCCGGAUCCUGGAACUCGAGCAGCCAACUGUCGAUGGAGAUGGUGCCGGCAGGCAGUACCCACGCUUCUCUGGAGCUGUCCUUGGUAGCCAGCCCUCAGGCCUCUGUCGAGCGGGCACAGCCCAUCAGCUCUCAGUUCUCCCUCGAGGACCACUACGAUUGCACGCCCCAGCCGCACGCGGCUGGAGACGGGCCGGAGCUCAGAGAGGAGAAGGUGCCCCUCAUCUCCUCGCGGGUGUUGGUGUCCGAUCCCUCCGCGGGCGGCUCCACCACGCUCAGCCCCUCGGCGGGAUUCCAGCCGCAGCCGCCGUGGCUGGCUGACGAGCGGCCCAGCGCACUUCACUCCAGAAUUGGCCGUAAGAGGGCGACGGCGCGUCUGGACCCCGCGCGGCUGCCGCGCCCCUGGGUGCGCCCGCUGUCGGAGGUUCUGGUCCCAGACUCGGAGGGCCGCCCGCUGGAGGCCUACCGGGGGCGCCAGCAGGGCGAGAAGACCGAGGCCCCAGGCGGACCGCAAGCCUACGUCUCCUGGUCAGAGUUCUUCCCUUUCCCACCUGGCGUUCCUGUCCGAGCUUUGGGCCCCGGUCUCAGCCUCCAGUUCCCUACUCUAAGCUUGGGCCUACCGUCGCCAGGCUUUGGUUCAAAGCUUCCCUUCCCCAGUCCCGGGCUCCGUUUUCUCGCCACACACCGGGCGCGCCGGGACAUGGCACGCAGCCCCAGCCCCAAACUGUGGCCGGGUGCUAAGUGGCCCAGCGGCUGGGAGGGGGAGGCCGAACUGCUGGGUGAGCUCUGGGCCGGCCGCACCCGUGUACCUCCGCAGGGCCUGGACCCUGGGGACCGGAAGAGCCAGGAUCCUCACCAGUGCCUUCAUCCCGUGCCCCAAGUUCUGGAGGCCACGUCCCAGGUGACGUGGAAACCUGUGUUGCUGCCGGGAGCACUGAAGCUGGCUCCUGGUGUGAGCAUAUGGAACCCAAGUACGCAGGUGCUGGUCAGCGCCGCUGAGCCUCAACGGGACGAGAGAGAAGGCAGCGCCUCUCCUCCCAUCCAUACAGAUGCCCCGAAGCCCCAGGUGACUGUGGCACAGCUGAUGAACUCAGCCGUCAAAUUGUGGUCACUCCCCUCCAAGCGCCUGCCCCAUUCUAAGCCCUAG